CAAGGGAUGCCAAAGUGCAGUACAGCAGAAACACUGCAAAAACUGCAGACACAAGCCGGUAUUCCUCAUGGCCCAAUGUCGAGACGACUCACCAAACCGAGCCAAAGUUGCUCGCGGAGCUUCUGCCCCCAUGACUGCAAGUGGCUACUCGGGCACAAAGCUGCCCUUGCCGCUCCGGUUUCUUCGAAGGUCCAGCAGCCUGAACAGUGCAGCUCGCCUUUGCGAAUCUGCAACUCCAACACAAAGCUCACCUAGAUCGAAAGCAAGGCCACCCCCAUUGCCGACGUUACCCUCAGCUGCACGGAGGCUGCUCUCGAAGGGUAGUGCCUCACGAGCCAGUAGCCUUGGCCAUCCACAAGCUGAACGGGGAAAUGCUCACACCACUGGAAGGGCGAUGAAGAGUGACCCGGAGCAAGUGCCGUGCCACGAGGUUGAUGCAAGUCAAGGGCAUGCUUCGACAGUUGUCACCACCCACUCCGAGAAGACCGCGUGGCUGGGACGUGCAAGGGCCUCCCCCUUGCCUGGCCUUCGGGCACUCUCUGGAUCAAGUCACGACAAGAAAGACAAGAUCACAGGACCGAAAGUUGCACCUUCCCAGGAUCCCUCGGGGAUUGAAACACUUGCAGCUGGGCCAAAGGCGUCAGCGCCUCCCUUGCCUCCUUUGGAUCGCAUCCCAAGCUCUCUACCAGAACAUGUACUGGAGGCACGAGGUGCUGGAAGGGUGGGCAUAUGUGGCACCAGUCCGUUCGAGUUCUUCCACCGAAUGAGGGAACGAAGGGGCUCCUCCGAACCACCUCACAUGGUGGUGCGGGACGACCUGCCUUCAGAGGGCACGUCCAGUUCAAGCAAAUGCAGCAAGCGAAGGGCAGGUGAGCCUGUAGGACUUUACAACCUUGGGAACACGUGCUUCCUCAAUGCCGCCAUGCAGUCUCUGGCACAUGCGCCACUGUUGGCGGACUAUUUCCUCAAAGGGCACUUUCUGAAGGAUCUAAAUGCCGAGAACUCUUUCGGCACUGGGGGGGAAAUUGCUUCAGCCUUUGCCUCAUUGCUGCAGCAGCUUUUUCCAGAAGGAAAAGAUCAGUUGGCCGUUGCGCCGGAGGAGCUCCUCAGGGCUCUUUGCAAACACUGUCCGAUUGUAGCAGAGCAGCCAGGGACACAGCAAGAUGCACAAGAGGUCAUGGCCUUCCUCUUGGACGCACUACACGAGGAUCUCAACCGUAUACGUGAGCCGAAGCACCGAGCGACAGGGUCUCGCAGUGUUCUUUGUGACAAAGUGCAAAAAGCGGAAGAGCGUAUUGCUGCGGAGGCCUGGUAUGACCAUCUACAGCGACACCGAUCCCUAGUGGUGGACCUCUGUCAGGGCCAGCUGCGGUCACAGGUGAAAUGCUGCGAGUGUGGAUGUGCUUCGGUAACCUUUGAUCCAUUUCUUUUCCUGACAUUACCACUGCCCCCUCAGCUGAAGCGUGGGCGAACAGUGCACAUUCAGGAGGCCAUCAAAGCUUUCUGUGUCGAGGAGAAAUUGCAAGGGGAGGAUUGUUGGGGUUGUCCCCGGUGCGACCGACGUGUGAGUGCUUCAAAGCGCCUCUCACUUUGGAAACUCCCUCUUCUUUUGCUGGUACACCUCAAGCGCUUCGGCUUCGAGGCUGGCUGGGGAGCUCCAACGUGGAAGAUCGAGGGCGAGGUGUGGACUCCUGGAAGGCUCGAUCUUCAAGACUUUGUGUCUGAAAUGUCGCCACAACGCGUGUCUUUGCAAUACGACCUCUUCGCAGCAGUUGAUCAUGCAGGCGUAUCUCCUUUCUCGGGGCACUACACAGCCUCAUGUUUGCGUCCUGAUGGGUGGUGGCGCUUUGAUGACUCUCGUGCAGAAUAUCUUGGUCGAGCUGGGGCCGAGGCAACAGAAAAGAAGGUUAUUGGUCCGUGGAACUAUUUGCUGCUGUUCCAGAGGCCAGGAGUUCUAGUUACGGGUAGAUCAAGACGUUUCCAUGGCCAAGACACCCUUUCUAGCCUGCAGACACUCAUACAGGGUCUCCUUUUUGUUGAUUUCUCCAGGGCCACAACAACAAGUUAAAGUUAGCUUUCCUUGUUUCAACCGCAUGAACUGACGAAAACAGAGGCAAACUAUUGCACUGCAUCAUGUGUGAUCGUGCUCACGCUUGGAUUUCCUUUUCAAACCCGGAACACCGGGCCGCCUGAAAAAGGCGUGAUGCUCCUUUGGAGCCAGAGCAAAUACCAGAGCAGAGUCAUCGGCGGCCGGAGCUCUGGCCACAUGUCCGGGAUGAAGCUGAAGAGUGGUCCUUCAUGGGAGACUCGUUUGGUUCGCGAAACUCGCACCAGGCGUUGUAAUUUUAGUGUUAAAAA